CUUGUGCAAGGCGCGUUUCUUUAUCCGUUGUUCUCAAGUGUCACUGUCAACAGAGUCCUGAAGUUUGAAGCUUGAAGGUCUAUUCAUGUCUGAGCAUACUGCCCUUCUCCCAUCCACUUCGGAUGCGAACAAUAAUAGCCGUGGCGCACAUAAAUCACUUCCUACAUUUAAUUUCACAGUGCGCUUUAUAGUAUGGGGAAUACUGACUGCAACAACAACAGCAGCUCUUGUGGUUUUUCUGUUCUUCUCCGACUCCCUUCCCGAUAACAUCAAGGAACUUCCUUGGAUCGGCGGAGAGCUGAAGGAUCCCAUGGUUGCGGCACUGGGCAUACUAGAAAAGGCUCCAAUUAUUGACGGGCAUAUCGAUCUUCCAAUACUCAUUCGUUACGGUGGUUACGCCAACAAUGUAUCAGCCGUUGACCUCAACUCCGAAAUGCCUGCCCACGUAGAUAUUCCUCGACUUAGAAAGGGAAAAGUUGGUGGCUUCUUCUGGUCAGUAUAUGUAGGCUGUGCGGACCCCGAGGCUGAGGGAGCCGAUUUUUUGAAAUCAACUUGGAGAGUCAGGGAUACACUGGAACAAAUCGAUGUUGCUAAGCUGCUCAUUGAAAAGUACCCGGAAACCUUUCGAUUUGCGCGGAAUGCAGAAGGGAUAAGAUCUUCUAUCGCUAGCGGAAAGAUAGCCAGUCUUCUUGGCGUUGAAGGUGCUCACCAACUUGGUAAUUCUAUCUCUGUACUGAGGCAGUACCAAGCACUGGGAGUUUCAUACGUUACCCUCACCCACACUUGCCACAACGCGUUUGCAGAUUCAUGUGGUCUGGCCCCGGGAAAAGAACCUUUACAUGGCGGUUUGAGUGCCCUUGGGUUCUCACUGAUUGAUGAAAUGAACCGACUCGGCGUCUUAGUAGACUUGAGUCACACUUCCGACGCCACUGCAAUUCAGGCUCUCAAAUACUCCAAGGCCCCUGUGAUCUGGUCGCACUCAUCCGCCCGAGCUGUCCAUAACGUACCCCGUAACGUUCCAGAUGAUGUUCUAGGACUUAUUGGUACUGGUAGCGGACAGAAAGAUGCGGUGGUCAUGGUCAACUUUGCGCCGUAUUUUGUGGCACCCGAAGGUCUGGCAACAGUGAAGACUGUAGCCAACCAUGUCGAGCAUAUUGCAAAUAUUGCUGGUAAGGAACAUGUGGGUAUAGGCAGUGAUUUCGACGGUAUAGAAAUUGUUCCAGCUGGUCUGGAAGAUGUAUCAAAGUAUCCAGCACUAAUCGCUGAGCUUUAUAGCCGUGGCUGGACGAAACUUGAAUUAGCAGGUUUGACUGGAGGCAAUCUUCUCAGGGUUUUCGAAGGAGCAGAACGGGUUUCGAGAGAACUGAAAGCCACAGGUGUGCAGCCGGUGUAUGAUCUAUACAAAAAAAGAACAGAUAUACCCCACUGAGCCAUUCAGAUGGUCAUAGAGGUCAUAAUGUAAUGGCAUGUAAGUAUGCUGUCUUACUGCAUAGUGUAUUUUCUGUUUGAAGAAGUUCGUUCUUUGACCGAACUCAGAUAUGGCUGUAUGGAAUCCAGAAAGUUUGCAAA